GCACGUCGUAAAAGAAGAAGAACUUCUCCAUUAGAAUUAUCAAUCUUGCAAGCUGAAUUUGAAAAAGGUCAAACACCAAAUAGAACGCGUCGUUUGGAUAUUGCUAAAAGGGUAAACAUGACUGAAAAGGCUAUUCAAAUCUGGUUUCAAAACAGAAGACAAACUUUAAGACGUCAAUCUAAUGCU